AUGAAGUUUGCUACACUCCUUCUCAUUGCAGCUCUCAGUACUGUAUUUCUGUCCAGAGCGUUCUGUUAUGAAUCGCCAUUGCCACACCGAAGCCUACCUCAUGUGAUUCAAGGCGGAAUGGGAAUCCGCAUCAGCAAUUGGGAACUUGCCAGAGAAGUCUCCAAAGCUGGCGAGCUCGGCGUGGUCUCGGGAACCGCAAUGGAUACCGUCUUUGUUCGCGAAUUGCAAAAUGGAGAUCCCGAAGGAUCCAUGCGCCAGGCGUUGGCGUCCUUUCCAGAUCAAGGGAUGACCCAGAGAAUCAUGGAUAAGUACUACAUGGAAGGAGGAAAGGGCGCCAGAAAACCGUACAAGAGCCUUCCAAUGUGGACCGACAAACCAUCGCAACACUUACUGGAAACAUGCAUUCUGGCCAACUAUUGUGAGGUCUGGCUCGCCAAGCACAACGAUGACAGCACCCCCACGGGUGGAUUGGUGGGACUUAAUCUACUCACCAAGGUUCAGCUUCCUACCAUUGCGUCACUCUACGGUGCUAUGCUUGCCGAAGUCGACUAUAUCAUCAUGGGGGCUGGAAUUCCAAUGAAAAUUCCUGGAAUCCUCGAUAGCUUGUCCAAAUGUAAGGACUGCGAGCUCCCCAUCGACACAGUAGACAAGACCGACGGCUUUUCCAUGAAGUUCUGUCCCAAGGCCUUUUGGGAAGCCUCUGGACGACCUGACUUGUGCCAUGAAAUCAAGCGCCCCAACUUUGUCCCCAUUGUCUCCUCGGUUGUAUUGGCCCAAUCCAUGCUCAAGCGUGCUACUGGAGAAGGCCCAACCAAUGGUAUCGAUGGGUUUGUGGUGGAACUCAGCACGGCGGGUGGCCAUAAUGCACCCCCACGCGGAUUCCGAUACGACGCCAAGGCCAAGACUCAUACCGCCGACUUGAAUGAACGGGGAGAACCGGUCUAUGGAGCAAAGGACACUGUGAAUCUUCAAAAGUUUGCCAAGGCUACCAAGGGACUUCCAUUUUGGCUGGCAGGGUCCUAUGCGGACCCCGAGAAACUCUGUGAGGUUCUAAAAGUGGGCGGAGCUGGAGUCCAAGUCGGAACUACUUUUGCACUGGCCAAAGAGUCUGGAAUGGAGAGCAACACGAAAAAGGGUAUUCUCAAGACUAUUGCCGAAAAGGAGAUGGAUGUCUUUACGGACCCCAUGUGCUCUCCUACUGGAUUCCCUUUCAAGGUGUUGGAACUAGAAGGAAGUCUUUCCGAUGGUCAAGUUUAUGACGACCGUCCCCGUACCUGCAACCUUGGGUACCUCCGCGACAUGUACAAACGAGACGAUGGCAAGCUGGGCUUUCGAUGUGCCUCCGAACCGGUGGACGCUUAUUUGAAAAAAGGCGGUGAAGUGGAAGCCACUCGGGGCCGCAAAUGCUUGUGCAAUGCCCUCUGUGCCAAUGUGGGUAUGCCCCAGGUCAACAAUAAAGAAGGAUACACGGAAGAAAUGCUGAUAACUCUUGGUGACAAUGUCAACGAGUGCCGUCGGUUUUUGAAACAAGAUGAAAAUGGAGAUUGGGGUUAUGGUGCCAAGGAUGUGGUAGAUUAUCUAUUGUCCGAGUUCAAUGCCCGUGACAUGCUCAAGAAAGAAGGGAAUGCCAACGCCUUUUCAGAAGCAGUAGAAAGAGAUUUUCAGAUUACAACCAACUGA